CCUCUCCGCUCAAUACCAUACUCUCCAUUAAACUCCAUUCAUCGACCGCCCAUAAUCAUGUCCGCCGAUCCCUAUAAACCCUAACCCAUUCCUACCCACAUUUCUGCUUUCAAUGGAGAUCACCGAGGAGCAGCGGAGGAGGUUGGAGGAGAACCGACUCGCAGCUCUCGAAAAACGAAAGCGUGCGGAGGAAAGGUCGGCCGAGGAUCCUUGGAGACUCUUCAGGUGCCGCAAGGUCCCAAGCCCAACAUUGUCGCCGCCCUCAUCGUGCGAUGGCCCCGAGCCAGAGAAUAAGACCUCGGUGUCGCUGCGGCGGCCUGCGCCUCCAAAACUGCCCGAAAGGUUCCGUGUCGUGCUCGAGAUAUGCUCGCAUGACGAGUUCUCCGUUUUGCCGCAGCCAUUGCCGGGGUUUGCCUUCCCUGGAUAUGUGGAGUGCUUCAGGAUCAUGGAGGCUGCUAUCUCUUCGGCUCUGGAAUUUCGAGUAAGUGAGAGUCAGGGGAGUCAGUUCCGCACGAGCGCUCUGGUCUAUAAAUUGAAGGAUUAUGAUUCAGUGUUGAAAUGCAUUAAAAAGUCUUUGGUUGUUGAGUUGCAAGAAAUUCCAUAUACCACAUUAUUAGCUAUUCAAACAUUUCAAAAUUAUGCUGCAACUGGCCUAAUACCUUCGUGGAAGCAACAAUACUCCAAAGAACAAGUUGAUGACCUUCUGACAAAACUACCAAGAUCAUUGCGAGAUGCACUUUUACCUUUCCAGAUGGAAGGUGUCCGUUUUGGACUUCAAAGGGGUGGGCGCUGUCUCAUUGCAGAUGAGAUGGGACUAGGGAAGACUAUACAGGCUAUUGCAAUUGCUUGUUGCUUUAUGGACGAGGGUCCUGUAUUAAUCGUUUGUCCUGCUAUUUUGCGGUUUUCUUGGGCGGAAGAGUUAGAGCACUGGCUACCUUACCUUUUACCAAAGGACAUACAUCUUGUAUUUGGCCGCCAAAAUAAUCUCGACUAUUUGGGCAGAUCUCCUAAGAUUGUUGUUAUCUCAUUUACAAUGUUAUGUCGUUUGCGGAAGAGCAUGAUGGUGCGAGAAUGGUCUCUUAUGAUAGUUGAUGAGUCACACAAUAUACGUUGCACCAAGAAGAGAAUGGAACCUGAAGAGACAAAAACUGUACUUGAUAUGGCGACAAAGAUAAAUAGAAUUAUUUUACUCUCGGGGACACCUUCUUUGACAAGACCAUUUGACAUCUAUCAUCAAGUAAACAUAUUAUGGCCUGGUUUACUUGGAAAUGACAAAUACGAAUUUGCAAAAAGGUAUUGUAUGGCAAAGCUUGCAAAGGGAUUCCAAGGGAAGCUCUAUCAGGACUUCUCAAAGGGCAUCCGUUUGGAAGAGUUAAACAUACUACUCAGGCAGUAUGUUAUGAUAAGGCGGUUGAAAGAUCAUGUUUUGGCACAGUUACCUCCCAAGCGGCGGCAGAUCAUUACCCUGAAACUGAAAACAUCAGAUAUCUCCUUAGCAACAUCAUUAUGUAAAGUCAAUUGUGGGUUCGUUGGUUUUGAUGAUCCUUCGAAUCAGUUGGUGAUAGCCUGUAACGAUAAUGAGAAUGAUAGUGGUGAAAAUUUGAGGAACUUCGAUACAUGCAUUGAUAGUGAUUACCGAAGAACUUCAAAACUACUCUCCCUUCAGGAAAUUGGCAUUGCAAAGCUUUCUGGAUUUUGUGAGUGGUUUUCAAACCAUGUUGUGGUUGGGGACAUGGACGUUGCAAGUAACUUGGGCAUUGGUCUUGUCUCGCUGAAAAUGAUUAUAUUUGCUCAUCAUUUGAAGGUUCUAGAUGGAGUUCAGGAUUUUGUAUGUGAAAAGGGAAUCCGGUUUGUUCGUAUCGAUGGUAGGACACUACCAAAAGAUAGGCAGAUAGCUGUUGAGUCAUUUCGCCUAUCAAGUGAGGUGAAGAUUGCAAUUAUAGGAAUUACUGCUGGUGGUGUUGGGCUUGAUUUUUCAUCAGCACAAAAUGUGGUCUUUCUGGAGCUUCCUAAAUCCGCCUCAGAGAUGUUGCAGGCUGAGGAUAGAGCUCAUAGGCGCGGGCAAACUAAUGCAGUCAACAUCUAUAUCUUUUGUGCCAAGGGUACUUCUGAUGAGUCGCAUUGGCUGCAUUUAAACAAGAGUUUGUUUCGUGUUUCCUCUAUGAUGAACGGGAAAUAUGAUUCUGUAAAGGAGAUAGAGGUUGAGGGAGUUAUCCAGCUUGGUAAUGCUGCAAGUACUGAUGAAGCAAAUUGCGGCAAUACUUUCAUUACUCAACAUCAAGUUGUAUCCUCGGGAAUUCAAGUUUCCACUCCCGAUGCAUGUAAUAGCUUCGCCGUAGAGAAAUCACAAGGCAGUGAGGAUGAUAUACUCCAAACCCAUCAUCAUGAAUUGGAGUUAAACGGUGGUCGAUAUUCCAUUUUAAAUGAAAACCUUGAAGGCAAUGAUGCUGAAGCUUCGCAUUCUUAUCCCUCUGAAAUGAGAUGCGUGCUUGAUAGGGGCAAGAUGGUGGCGGAUUCAGUAGAGGUAAUUUCAUACCAGGAAGAGGGAAGGUGGUUACGGCUAACGAGUGCUGAUGGUGGUCCUUAUGUGAUGGAUGUCGGUGGAGAGAUUGUCAUGCAAAGAGAAUCUCUUCGGUUUGAGGUAAGUCAUUAUACAGGGAGGAUUCACUUGUAUCUCUGUGUGCCUGGAAAGGAUUUACGGCCAAGGCCAAUUUUUGUGAAUUUUAGGCAAGAGGAAUUAGACUCCAUCGUGUUUUCACUUGGAGAAUCAAAGAAGGAAGCUGCUUCCCAGCUACUGAAGGAAAAUCCUGCAUAUUGUAAUAUCUUUCAAACUUUUAUCAAAGAGUGGAGCAAUUUAAGACCUAUUGAACGUCAUAAGCUCCUUGGGAAACCUUUACAGCUUCCUCUUAGCCUUGAACUGUGCUAUUUAAAGGAAACUUCCAACCAUGGGUCUAAUGGGUUGCUGAAAGGUGGAAGCAAAAGACGAGUUACUCCAUUAAGUGAGAUAAGCUGUCAUCUUCCCGAGAAUGCUUGUUGGAAGAAGGUUGUUCUUUACAGUGGCUCUGCUAAAGAGAAAGAGUAUACUCAGGCUUGGUCCAGCAAUGGCGAGCCGCUCUGCAAGUUCUGCCAUUCAAUUUGCAAUGAAAAGCUCUCAACAGCUCCAGAAUUUUUUGAGGAUUUGUUUUGUAAUAUGUCUUGCUUUCAAGAAUACCGUGUAAGAACUAGCCAAAAAGCCCUACGCGAGGCACUUUUUCAAAUAGAGCAUGGUGUUUGUACAAUUUGCAAUCUUGACUGCCACAAUCUUGUAAAAAACAUAAGGCCUUUAUCCAUUGCAAGGAGGAGGAAUCAUGUUGAGAAUGUAGCUCCGGAGUUGGCCAAGAAAAAGAAACUGUUGGACAAACUUGUAACUGAGCCAGUUGAGGGUAAUGCAUGGCAUGCUGAUCACAUAGUGCCUGUUUUCAAAGGAGGGGGUGAGUGUAGACUCGAGAAUAUGAGAACUUUAUGUGUGUCGUGUCACGCCGAGGUCACAAAGGCUCAAAGGACCGAACGGCAUCAGGCGAGAAAGAGGGCUAAAGAACAGCUUAAAAUUGCCAUGAAGGGGCAGGAAACAGAGUUGAAUCAUUGUGUUGGUGGAGCUGGAGGAGCAGACUCUGAAGAAGACCCUUUACUUGUACAUGUUCCAGGCAGUGCUUAUUCUGAAAGUUAAGGACAGGAGCUUUGCUGGCUGUAUACUCCAGCUUAUUGCAGGUUUCUUAUAGGCGCAUCAUAAUUCUUAGCAUGCAUUCAAAUUGAAGCAUUUGAUGCAGGAUGUAUUUUUUGUUGCAAAAUUGCAAAAUUAAAUGAGGGUAUAAUCAUAAAAUUGUUUUUGAUUGGGCUAAAUUGUAAAAUUACGAGCUUUUAGAUAACAGGAAGGUCAAUGGUGCUUCAAGUGAGUCAACCCCCAAAUGAACAAUUCAAAUUUUGAACAAUGUUUUUGAAGCUUGUAUAAAAUAGUUUACCACGAAAAUUACAAAACUAUCCUCCACCUUCCAUGUAAUAUUAAUAAUGAAGUAGCAACAAUUCUACCACUAAAUAGGUAAUAAAAAU